GUCCCUGGGGUGGUCAAGACAUGCUGGAAGUUCAUCACACCCUCCGGUCAACAUAUGGAGAUAUUGUCAGAUUGUCUGGAAUGCCUAAGAACAGAGAUAUGGUUGCUCUCUACGACCCUGUCGAUAUCGAGAAGGUAUACAGAAACGAAGGGGCAUGGCCCAAAAGAGAGGCCUUCGGAUCUCUCAACUAUUAUCGCCGCUUCAUAAACAAAGAAAGAUACGAAGGAUCACAUGGCCUUUUGACAACGCGCGGCGUGCAAGGGCCCAUGCUGCAGCCUCGCGCCGUCGCGAAGUACACCGCCCCCAUCGACACAUAUAUAAUUUCGUACAUGGCACUGUAUUUUGCGACACAUAUUUCAGUUUGCGGGAGAUUCGAGAUGAAAAUGGUCUCUUACCAAAGGAUGCUGACAACUGGUUCUUCAGAUGGGCAUUGGAAUGUGGCGGGGGAGCCGCAGAAGAUGAUUGACGCCGUGCAGGUGCUGUUCGAGGGCAUGUUCGAGCUAGACAUCAAGCCUUCCAUCUGGAAGUACAUCAGCACGCCCAUGUGGCGAAAGUACGUCAAUGCCAUUAGCACGUUUGAAACUGUAUCCGAGAAGUAUAUUCAAAAUAGAGUGAACCGCCUAAAGAGUAAAAUGGCUGAAGGUGGCGACAUUGGCGAUGACUUAAGUGUUUUGGAGCGCCUUCUGCUCGCAAAUGAUAACCCACGAAUUGCCAUGACGAUGGCUUUGGACAUGCUUUUUGCCGGUAUUGACACCACGUCCUACGCCACGGGCGCGCUGCUCUACCUGCUGUCGCGCAACCCCGACAAGCAAGAGGAGCUGCACGCCGAGCUACGCCGGGUGCUGCCCCAACGAGAUACGCCUGUCACCGCAGAGCGGCUGCAGGACAUGAAGUACCUCCGCGCGGCCAUCAAAGAGUCCAUGAGAAUGAAGCCCGUUGCUAUUGGGCAGCUAAGAGAGAAUCCUAAAGAAGGUUUGGUGUUACGAAAUUAUUAUAUUCCGAAAGGGGUAAGUAAUGAGAUCAAAUUGGACAAAUAAAUACAAAGAAGUUCAUUUAUAAUGAAAAAGGACAAAUAAAUUCAGUGAUUUAAGAAAAAAUUAUCUUACAAAUUUCAAAAGUGAGCAAGGAACGUUAAAUUAAUCAAUUUAGCUUCACUUGCGCAUGUUUUAUUGAACUCUAUUUUUGUUUCUUUUGCUCGAGUAGCAACAGGGCCGAAAAAUUUCAUUUGUUAUUUUGUUGAUGAUUAUACAAAAUUAAAGCUGCACAGAUUCAAACCAAUUUUAUAUUUCACGGGAGGAAACAUUAAUACUUUUCAAAUAUUGUUGACCUUGCUUGCUAGUACUCUUAUUCGUCAUCCAACUAUGUAUAGUAUAAGCAUGAGAGUGAUGAUUCUGGAACUCGCGCAGAUUACUUCUCCCCGUACGUCACACAGUUUGUUCUAAUGCUAUUGCAUAAUUCUGUCAUUUAAUGUCUGAAACCCCUGAUAAUACUCAUUACGAUUAAGGUUUGAUUAUGAUACAGAUUCUUGAUCAAUCACAGAGAAGUUUACACACCAAAGUAUUGACUCUUAAUUAAACCAUUGAGAAUCGUUCUAGUAAAUUUUUCGCUUGAUUAUGUACUUUAAAAUUUUAUUUAAAUAUUAUAUUAUGUUUGGCAGUUGUAAUUUCUUUUAUAAAUAGUAAUUUGUAGGUGGAAUAUGAUUUAAAAUAAUUGCAUCGUAAUAUAACUUUGAUCCUCCUUGACUAGGGUAGUAAACCAAAGCCGCCUGCGGUAGGGUAGAGAGGGAGACGUUUGCUAAGUGGCCUUGGCUGAAUCCGGUAUGUCAACCGCUAAGAAACGAUUUAAUGAAAAAGUUUAACUUAUAAAAGUAACCAUAAGUGGUAGAAAACGUACCGUAUGCAACUUUAUGUAAUAGGUAUUAAUACACUCGUGUGAAGUUUACGGUACUCGCUAUCCUCGCUUGUAUCGUAAUAUCACUUCACACUCGUGUAUUAAUACCCACCACUACAUCACCGGUUCGCAACGUACUAGUCAGUUCUCGACGAAAUAAAUGACAGGCGAUGGUGGCGGUGCGCAGGUGGACAUCGUGAUGAUGCUGGCGGUGUCGGGCAACGACCCGCGCUUCGUGCCGCACGCGGAGCGCUUCAUGCCCGAGCGCUGGCUCAAGGGCGACGACCCGCACGCCAAGGGCCACCCCUUCGCCACGCUGCCCUUCGGCUUCGGCCCGCGCAUCUGCAUCGGCAAGCG